AUGCCAGCAUGUUGCCGUGCUGCUCUGGGCGUGCCAGCGUGCUGCCGUGCUGCUCUAGGCGCUCCAGCGUGCUGUCGUGCUGCUCUGGGCGUGCCAGCGUGCUACCGUGUUGCUGCCGUGCUGCCCUGGGCGCUCCAGCGUGCUGCCAUGCUACUCUGGGCGUGCCAGCGUGCUCCCGUGCUGCUGCUGUGCUGCCCUGGGCAUGCCAGCGUGCUAUCACCAAAUACUUCCCAGAAGAAACUAAACCCUAGGCAUGUUAAAUGGGUCCAAUUUCUUCAGGAAUACUCUUUUGUUCUUAAACAUGAGGAUGGGGUCGAGAAUAAACCUGUUGAUGCCCUUAGUCGUCGGGUGGCGCUUCUCCAAAGUAUGAGAGCAGAAGUGAUUGGGUUUGAUCGGUCGAUAGAGGGGUAUCCCACGUGCCUAGACUUUGGAGAUUUGUAUGUGUCACUACGAGAUGGUCAGUCAAUCGACAGUCGUGGGUUUGUCAUCUUCGAUGAGUUCCUAUUUAAAGGUGACAGACUUUGCGUUCCCCGUACCUCCCUCCAUGAUUUCCUAGUUUAG